GACAGAUUUCAAAAUCCUGGGGUCUGAACGUAAAAAGACGCAACUCCAGGGGCAUCGCCAGGAUCGCUGCUUCUGCAAAGAAACAGAAGAUUGGCGGAGAGGAGAGAAUCGAGAAAUCAGCAAUCCAAAACCCUUAGGGAGGCUGCGAGGGCGGUGUCGUCGAUCUCCUCGUUCAUCUUCUAAAGCAGAUCGAAGCGUAGAAAGCCAGAGAAAAUGUAUCAUCCUACCAGGGGUGGCGUCCGCGGCGGUCGUGACCAAUUUAGUUGGGAUGAUGUGAAGCUUGAUAAACAUCGAGAGAACUAUCUCGGUCACAGUAUCAAAGCCCCUGUUGGUAGAUGGCAGAAGGGGAAAGAUCUACAUUGGUACAGUAGGGAUAAAAAAUCUUCAGAUAUGGAGGCAAUACAAGAAGAGAUAAAAAGGAUCAAGGAACAGGAGGAGCAGGCCAUGAGGGAGGCUCUUGGCUUAGCUCCAAAGCGUUCUAGUCAGCAUCAAGGGAAUCGACUUGAUAAGCAUGAAUUUUCUGAGCUUGUGAAGCGAGGCUCUACCGCAGAAGAUUUAGGUGAAGGUCAUGCUGAAGCAGCACAUGUACAAGGUCUUGGUUUUUCAAGAGCACCUUGUGGAUGGGAAGAAUCAAGUUCUGUCGAAGGAACCCUGAAGGAUGUCUCUUCUGAGAGGCUGAAGGAGGCUAUGCCCAAUCCACCUGCUAGAAAUAAUAAUGAUGAAGAGAAGUCAGAGGAAGAAAGCAGCCGGAAGAGGCGACGUGAAGAGAGGAAACAUGAGAAGCACGAAAGGCGUGAGAAGCGGCACUCCCGCAAUUCAGAUGACAGGAGGACACGCAAAAAAGAUAAGGGGAGAAGACGACAUGACUCCGACUGAUGACGUCUUCUAUCUUACGAUGCCUAUUCUUUUUGUGUCUUUGUAAUACGCACAAAAUAGCAUUUUCAUGUAAUUUUAUGUGCAAAUUUAAUGCUAUAUUCUUGUUUGGAUAUGUAAUAUGCUGGCACUGUUGCGUGCAAAGGCCCUAAAGGAAAUUAUAAUUGGCAAGUCAUUUUCUCGUCA